AUGUCGUUUAUACAGCCGAGGGGUAUAUGUAUUCACACCACACCUGCUGUGACUACAUAUUCGCACACUUAUGGGGAAUACUCCAUUUCCAACAUUUCUCUUACUCAUAGAUCCGAUUGCGCCAUCAACCCACAAUAA